UUUGAAAUUUAGGGAGGGAAAUAACUUCCCUUCCAUAAUCUCUUUCAACUCACUACGUGUGAUUGUGGUGGUUAUGGGAUUUGGCUAUUCUUCAAAAUUUUUGGUUGAAAAUAUAAAGUGCUCUCUGUGAAAAAUAGAACACAGAAAACUCCCAGACUUCUUUUCCCUCCCAAUUUCCUCUCUAUCUCUUUUCAUUUCCAAAAAUCACAGAGCACAGAAACUCCUGUGAUUCUCAUCCCAGAGAAUACAUAAGGUUUCAAUUGGUGGUAGCCAUAGGUUUUCGAGUUCGUUGUAGUACGUGGCCAUUUUGGAGAAGAGGAUUCGUGAAGAUUUGUGAUCUUUAAAGGACCUUCGUCGGUUCCUUCAUCGAUGUGUUCCUGAAGUUGAAAUACAAUGCAUACUAUCUGAAUGUCAAAACUCCUUCUAUGGAAGCCACUUUGAAGGACACAAGACUGCUGCAAAGGUCCUUCAAAGUGGGUACUUUUGGCCCACUCUGUAAAGAUGCACUGACUAUGUACUUAAAUGUGACCCAUGCCAACCCACGUGUAAUAUAUCAGCAAGAAACACAAUGCCCCUUAACAACAUACUUGAAGUGGAACUAUUCGAUGUUUGGUGUAUUGAUUUCAUAGGGCUAUUUCCUCCCUCCUCUAGUCAGCAAUAUAUCUUGGUAGCAGUAAAUUAUGUGUCAAAGUGGGUUGAGGCAAUAGCUUGUGCAAAGAAUGUUGUGGUAGCCGUUUCAAAGUUCCUGACAAAGUACAUCUUCACAUGCUUUGGAACGGCUAAGGUGUUAAUCAGUGAUGAAGGAAUACGAAAAUCUAGGUGGUCUGAAGCAUUCAUUAUCAAGGAAAUCUUUCCUCAUGGAGCCUUGAAAUUUACUCGAGAGGAUGAAACAAAUGCCUUCAAAGUAAAUGGGCAAAGUGUCAAGCCAUACUUUGAAGGGAAUACGGAGCGUUGCAAAACAUCCAUCGACCUAUGUGAGCUUGCUUGAAGCUUGCAUUGAAGUCGUCCCUGUGUGCAGUCAGAUAUAUAUAUUCCAGGGACGCUUCCUUUUUCAUGCUUUCUUUUUUAUUUAUGUAUAUCAUGUUUUCUUUAUGUUCUUAUUUAAAUUUUUGUUUGAGUGAAGUUUUGAGAUUGCCUUUUGAAUGCAUGUUUUAAAACCAACUUUAUGGAUUCUUAAAUUAGGGUACUUGAAUUGGGGCGUUAGAGUUGUACCAAUGCAUAUCCAUACAUGGGAAGAAGAGGAGUUAUAUUGGGAGAUGGAUCAGUCAAGUAUUUGAGUGGCCCUAGGUGUGUCUCUUCAGGUCUGCAUUAAUUGCGUAGUCGUAACAUAGCUGCCAAAGGUCACGUUUGUCCCCCUCUCUCUCUCUUCAUGUGUUUUUCUAUAAAAGAGCCAAGCUUUCCCUUCCAAGUUUUCUUCUUCUCCUUCGAUAUUUUCGUGCCCUAACCCAUCUUCAGGCCUCUUGUUGUUCGACUGCAUCACUUUGGUCAUCAUCUACGAGAUUCCUUACCGGAAACCAUGUCAGACACUUCAGAUAGCCAAAACGAAUCAUUGAGCUUCACUAGAGAUAGUCUGGUAAGCUCGGUCUCAUCCCCAUCAGUUUCACCUUCCUCACCUUCAUCCUCACCCUCAUUUUCAAAACCCACUGUUUCAACCAAAGGACGGUCGUUUCAUCUUCCUCUGGAAAGACAACCGUUCAACCCAAACACAAGGCAGUGUGAUCGUCAAUCUCUUCCAAAACCCCUUCCAUUCCCCAACGAUCGUCUAUCUUCUCCAAAACCCCUUCAAAACCUAAACCUUUUGUCCCCUUAAACCCAAAAAUCCUAAGUGUACAACUCCCUCCAAACUGUCGUAGUAGCCUGCGACGAAAGGUCAUGCCAAAACAUCUGCCACAAAGCCCUAUAAACGGCCAGCCCCUCCACCAAUCAUCCCAACCAUCACACCCCCACAAUGUCGAUGUGUGACCCUGUGCCUGAACAUUUAAGAACUGCAUCAUCAUCUAUCGUGCAUCCGACGGUGCCCUUAGCCAUAGAACCACUGCUAGCUCGAAAGAUUUAUUGUUGCAAGCAAACCUCGACUAGACAAUAAAAUUUAUAAUUCACUAAAUGAACAACUUAUACUAACUGGUAUUUCAAGUAGUAAGUCCAGGGUUGAACCAUAGGAAAGCACGGAAGAUUAGUUUCUCGAAGCUCAUUUUUAGUUAAAGUAGUAAAAUAGGAGGGGGGGGGGGUUGUUUGGUGUGGCUAGGAAUAGGAAAUGAAUAAAAGAAAUAAAAUUCAAUGAAAGUAAAAUAUAGAAAUGCAAUUAACCACGAUAUUCUAACUCAGGAAAAUGGAAUGGACUCAUGCAAUUCUUGUUCAUCGAGUUAUUUAAAUGCAAAUUUAGGCUCUUGACUAUGGCUAGUCAAAUUGAUUGAAAUCCUAAUCAAUUGUCCUAAUUACCUAAUUAAUCAAGAUGCAUAGAAAACGAAUCCGCUCCAUACAAAUUGAUAAAUAGCAUUAAGUUCUAGGGAUAACACGAGGAUGAGUGUUUGACUUCCCAAACAUUCAUUGUGGUUUCUCUCUAGGUUUAAGAGCAAUACUAUUAAUUUUAGGCAAGAAAUUGCAAGCCUGUAGGAUUGUAUCAGCAACAGCGGAAGCAACAAGGAUCAUUAAGCACUCUAAUUCAUUAAUUUUGGAAAAAAUAAAGUAUGCUUUUGCAGAAACAAAUGAGUUUCAUGACAUAC